CACCUUCUACACUCACUCUUCGCUCUCCCUUCUUCUGAUCACAUCAACCAUGUUCUCCCUCCGUCUCGCCCGUUCUUCCCUCGCCUCGCGCGUGGCUCAAGCCUCCUCUUCCUCCUCCUCCUCGUCUGCUUCAGGCAGCAUUCGAUUCUACUCUGGACCAACGACGUCCGAAGAGGCUGCCAAGGCGGACAAGCACCACAAGCAUCACGACAAGGAACAGAUGCAGAAGGAAACUCUGGCUGAUCAUGCAGAGGGGAGGAGGGCGGAUAAGCACACUGCUUCGCCUAAUGAUGCACCCACAGAGUCAGAAGACGUGGCCCAUGCUCACAAGAGCAACAAGGGUCCCAAGGAGCUCCAAGAGGAGACUGCAAAGAAGCGGCAAAGCCUGAAAGGGACAAGGCAAUGAAUCAGUCAAUGAAUCAGUCAAUGAGCAAAAGGUGGAAACGAACCGAAGCGAG